AUGGUCAACUUAAAGAACUUAAUCUUGGCUCAAGAAGAGGUGGGGAGACUUACAACAGUAUCAACCAACUCAUCGCAAUCUUCAAACCAACUUUUGCACCCCGCUAAAGAUAACGAUGUCAGUGUUACCCACAAACAGAUCCCAUCACAGUACAUUGACAUUUCCAGUUCAACUCUAACUCCUGAGGAAAUAGAGCAAAGAAAUAACUCUUGGAAGUUCAAGAUCAAAAAGCUCUUUUGGGACGGGACUGGAAAACACCCCAGGGAGCAAAAGUAUCUAUUCAAGUUGGACUUCUUUUUGUUAACUUCAUCAUGUUUAGGGUAUUUUAUCAAAAACUUAAAUCAGUCGAACGUCACCACUGCGUAUGUUAAUGGUAUGGAAGAAUAUUACAAUAUGAACAACAAUCAAUACAACUAUAUGGUGACAUUAUUUACAGUUGGGUAUAUCAUUGGUCAGAUCCCCUCUAAUAUGAUCUUACACAGAAUAUCUGCUCGAUUCUAUCUUGGUGGGUUGGAAAUACUUUGGCUGAUUUUGACAGUGUUGAUGAUAACAGUUCCACCAACCAAUAUCAAGGGUAUGUAUGCGUUGAGAUUUUUUAUCGGAUUAUUGGAAUCUGGCUAUUUCCCAGCCUUGGAAUAUUUGUUGGGGUCUAAUUACGGUACACCCGAGUUGCUGAAGCGGUCAUCAUACUUUGCAAUUAGUUCAGGAUUGGCAGGGAUAAUUAGUCCCCUUUUACAGGAAGCCAUUAUCAAGAGAUUUAAGCACUCAAGUUUACCACCUUUCAAAUGGAUGUUUGUGUUUGAUGCGGUUAUUAGUUUCCCUAUUGGUAUCUACACCAUGCUUGUUGAUCCAAAUACACCACUGACUACUGAUGCAUUUUACUUUACUGACGAGGACAAGUUAGUUGGCUUGGAAAGAAGAAGACUUAUAGGGGCUGAGCUAAACACAAGACAGCCUUUUACGUGGCAAAAGGUCAAGUCAUUCUUCAACACUUGGCAUAUUUAUGUAUUUCCAUUACUCUUCUUGUGCUAUAAUAAUAGUUGUGCUGCCAAUACUCAACCGACAUUCCAGUCAUUCAUGAAGAAUUAUUUAAACAAACCAUCUAGUGUGUAUAACACAUGGCCAUCGAUUUUAAGUGCUAUUUCUAUUGGUGUGACAAUAAUCUUUGCUUAUGCGAAUGAUAUUUUAGGAGGAAGAAAGAAUGUAUGGUUUGUCAACGCCUUUUUUGUUUGUUUGAUUAUAGGAUGUGCCUUGCUUGCUUCUUGGAACAUUCCGUUGGGAUUGCAUUGGUUUUUAUACUUCUUGAUUGGAGUACCCACAAUGUGGGGUCAACCAUUCAUAUUCUCUUGGGUCAAUCGAUUGUUAUACGCCGAUGAUUUGAAGAGGAAUUUUGUUGUGGUGGUUACAAAUACGUUAGCAUACGUCACGGGUGCUUGGGUUCCCAUUCUAGUAUGGAACACAAAUGACAAACCUGAGUAUUUUAUUGGAUUUACAUAUACAGCAGUAUUGGCAUCGGUGGGAUUGCUUUUGACACAGGUAGUAUAUUUUUUGAGUACUAGAGACGAAAGAAGGGCCAAAAAUGAGAAGGAUAUAGAAGAAAGCAACUCAAUCGAGCUAGACUCGGAUUGA